AUGACGUUCCAUUGGUCAAACCAUCCCGCCCCACAUUCGUGGCUAUCUGGAGCAGGCAAAAACGCUGAACGUCUUCGGGGGUUGGCGGGCGCAAAGGGAGAAAAGGUCCUGGACAACAACGAGCUUCUCUCCAGGGUUUUCAGCCACGUCGGUUGGAGGGAUCUUGGUGUGAUCGGCGGUGUGUGCGUUCGAUUCCGAAUAAUCGCUCAAGACACUGCCAGGUUCAGAAUACGCGCGACGUUGGAACCCCUAGCGACUAGACUGGGAUUCGACGUGGACUGGUUGUUGAAGGCUGUGGGCAAGCGGGGAGGUGGGGUCAUUGGGGCUACUGCAUUGAAGGUGAUGACGUGGGGAGAGAAGUGGGAUGAAGGCUAUACUCCGGUCAAGCGGAUGACACUGGCGAUACCAAUCGGGGAGAUGGAUAAACUGGUAAAUGAGCUGGCGAAGAUGGAUUUGAAGGAGUGGAAGCAGGUCGAUGUUUAUCGUGCCACAAAAAAUAUGGUUCGACGGGUGAUUGAAUUCAAAGCGGGAAAGGAUGAGGAAGCAACAUACCUGAGGAUCGUCGAAAGCACGGGCGGUGUAAUGCGCGCUGUGGUGGCCAGCGAUACCACUGAGGACAUGGUGGUGGUGUCGGCAUCGCGAAUCUAUUUGGUAUACCCGAAGUUAGCGCAUCAAUUUCUCGCAUUGAAGGGAAGAUGGAAUCGAGUGCGGAACGACGUAGCACGGAAAGGGCCAACUGUGCAGGCUUCAAACCAGGCGUGGGGUUUUGACUGUGGGAAAUUAUGCCCGGCAAGCUGGCGAAAAGGCGACGAGGGAAGUGGCAUCGGAGUGUUUUACUGGAAUGGCGAGAAAGAGAGGGAAGUGUUCGGGAGGUGGUGGGAGAAAGUUGAGGAGCCUGGCGAUCAGCUGUCGAUAGAGGAAUCAUGGUCAUGGUCGCAGCUCGCGUAUGGAUGGCGGGGAUUCAGAGCGCUGGCGGAGCUGGACAAGGAUGCAUUGUUAGGGGGCGAUGUUUUCAAGUGGAGGUUGUCUACUUCGUGCGACAAUCCUGGGUGCAUUCGCCAUCCGCGAUUGUUGUUUUCCAGAGAUGUGGGGGUACAAGCGACGCAAGAUUAG